UCGAGGUUAUCUCGCAGAACCUUGACUUAUUAGUUUGCUCCGUUUAAUACGUCACCUAAUUCGACGUAAUUUUGUGCAAUUAAAUAUGAUUUAAUGCAAAUAUCAACUAAUGUAAAGAGUGUAUAAAAUAUUAUUAAAGAAUUAAUUAAUAUUUUUCUCAAUAUUUAUUUAUUUAAUAAUUACAAGUGAAUAACCAUGGCUACUGAUGACAAUAUGUGGAGGACCCAGCAAUAUCGCCAGGGUAUUAUUGCCAAAAUAGAUUCGGCAUUGCAAAACUCGGGGGUAUCUCCUAUAAGAAAUAGCGCUGAGAUGGAGAAUUACGUCUUCCAGAAAGCUAAGACUAAGGACGAGUAUCAUAAUUAUGUUGGGAAGGUUAUUUUAUUUGUAACAGAAAAUCACAAAAAAAAUGCAGUAGCCAGAGGAGGAGCAGCUGGUGGUCAAGAUCCAAUGGGAGCAUUGCAAACUUUAACCAGACAAGCAACAGGUAACAAUAAUCAAGUAAUGGGUAUGGCUGGAGGACCAAAUCUCCAAGGUAUGGUUCCACAACAAACCGCAAAUGCUGCCAGUAAUCUUCUCCAGAGCUUCAACCAGCGUCCAGGUGGUCUUGCGGUGGGAAUGAACAUGCAGAACAUGCAAAAUAAGAUGCCAGGGAUGGGAAUGAUGGGAGGUCAAGGUUCCCCCAUGGGAAACAUGGGACAAAUGCAGAACAUGCAGAACCAAAUGAACAUGCAGAACCAGAUGAACCAAAUGUCAGCAGGAAAUAUCAACCAGCAGAUGAACCAAAUGGGCCCUGGACCAGGUCAACAAAUGAGCCAAGUUAACCAAGGUCAGGUUAAUAUGCAGCAGCAACAGCAGCAGAUGAAUCACAUGCGUCAGGAGAACAUGCAGCAGAUGAAUAUGAACCAGGCGCAAAUGGGACAGCAAAUGCAGGCCAACCAGAUGCAGCAAAAUGUCCAGCAACAAUUGCAAGCUCAAAGACAACCCCAGAUGGUGAAUCAGAUGGGAGGAGCUCCUGUGGCUGGAAAUAUGCAAGGUGGAUCCCAGAAUAUUAAUCAGAUGGGCGGCGGGCAAGUCACUGGCCCGAUUAAUCCUCAGCAACAGAUGCAGCAGGUCCAGCAGAUGAACCAAGCUCAGCAGAUGGGGCAUAUGCAGAGAAAGCCCGUCGAAAUGAUCAACGCUGGGUUUCCUGGACCGAGGAAUGUUACGCCCAAUCAAUUUCUGAGGCAAAGUCCCUCGCCGUCGGUACCUAGUCCCGUCGGGCUUGCUGCUCCGACGAGCAACCAAAUGAUUCCUUCGCCGGCUCUCGUGCCUUCUAGCCCUCAGCACACUAUGAUGGCUGGUCCUCGUUCUGUUGGAAUGGUACCAUCACCCAGUGCGUCUUUAAAUACUCCUUUGGGUGCUGGAGCUGGUUCUCCACAAGAUGAACAGGCGUACAGAGAAAAAGUUCGACAACUUAGUCGGUACAUUGAUCCGUUGAGAAAAAUGAUUGCCAAAGCGGAAAGUGAUGGAAAUAAUGAUAAAACGAGCAGUAACAAGAUGACAACUUUGUUAGAUAUUUUAUGCAACCCCUCGAGGAGAGUUCCAUUAGAAACUCUACUAAAGUGUGAAACAGUCCUAAAAAAUAUGGACCUAAAGCGUGAAGCUGUUAGCAGUAUAGGUCCAGUUGUUCCACCGACGAAAGAACACCACAUUUUUACACCGCUACUGGAAGCUGUGAGGACGAAUCUUCAGAGCCCGAUGGCGAAUCAUACGCUCCAGCGAACCUUCGGGCCCUGUUUGGAAGCGCUUUUCGGCCCGGAAAUAAAGAACUUACCACCGCCGCUGAAGAAGCAAAAAGUCGAAGAGUCUGCUAGCGAGAUUCCGGACGUUCUCCAAGGCGAGAUCGCUCGCUUGGAUCAAAGAUUCAAGGUGAGUCUGGAUCCAGCUCAGCAGAACGGCUCCAAGUGCAUCCAAUUGAUCUGCUGGCUCGACGACCGACAUCUUCCCUGUGUUCCUCCAGUCUCGGUGACCGUGCCCUCGGAUUACCCUCUGACGCCUCCUCGCUGCGUGAUGGCUCCUCACGAGUACACCACCGCGUUCCUCAGUGCCGUCCAGAAAGCUCUCACUGCCAGAACUACUAAGUUACCGCGAUGUUUCUCCGUCUCGCAGCUUCUUGACACCUGGGAGAUGAGCGUCAGACAAGCCAGCGCUCCCACUCAGACUCCAGUUUCUUCUGCUACCGUUCUCAUGGGCUUAUAGGAACUCUAUCGCAUUAUUUAUACUUAUAAUAUUUUACUUAAUGUAUGUGGAGCAUUUUCGACAAGAUCUAUCGACUUUAAAUUUUUUAAUUGUAAAUUAAAAUAAUUAAUAUAAC